AGAGGUGGCUGUACAGAUACCGAGCAAGUGUUGGUUGUCUCUGCUACUGCUGCUGUGCGCGUGCUGCUGCUGCUGCUCUACCGUGCUGUGUGUGCAGGGGUCACCAUGGUGCUGAAGGGACAGCUGCCCGUCUUGGCUUUGAUUGGAGCCCUCAUCAUCCCCUCCGCGCUCAGCGAAUGCUUCUUUGACGCUAAAGCCGUGUGCGAAUCGGAGGGCGAGCAUUACCAGAUGGGGGACACGUGGCUCGUAGCCGACCGCUGCCUUCAAUGCACCUGUCUGCACCCAUUCGGAGUGGGCUGCUGCAAUAUCGAGCAGCAGCCCAUUGACUACCCGGAGUGGUGCACGGCUGUGCGGAGGCCCGGCUCGUGCCGCGUGUCCGUGGUGAUGAAGGCGAACCGCCGCGUCUCCUGCGUCUACAAGAGCAACUGGGGGGCCCGGCCGGGAGAGGGUGGCCAGAGUGGGGCAUCGAACCCGGAGCCUCCCGCCUCGGAGCCAUUCCUGGCAACCAACGAGAUCCCGGAGCCAUUCUGGCGCUGAGACUCUUUUUUUUGGUCGCGUGUGCGGGUAUUUUUGGAACACGGCUGGCUUUUGUCGGUGCUGUAGGCUUGCUCGAAUUGGCUGCAUUGUGGACUCAAGAUAGGCUUGCUACUCGUUACGUUUUUACCAGCAUCGUCCUCUUUUUGGGGAAAAUAUGGAAUUCUUCCCGGGACAAUAAGUAAUGUUUUUUUUGUCAAUUGCGUAUAAUAAUAAUAAACCACUAUAGACAAUGCAUUUGCAUGUAGUUCUCCCCUCCUCCAGUAUUGCGAGAUAUUAUUCACACGAAAUGUCCCGUUUUUUUUACCCCAAUUGGCAACCAUAACUGUAUCUAGAUUUGAAGUUUUAACUGUAAUAGUGUGGAUUUAUUGCGGAUACUGACGAUGAUUAUGCAUUUCAAUAAUCCCCUUUAUUUUACUCACUGAGUCUCAGGACACUUGGUCAUAUAUUUGGGAGGAAACUAGAUAAUCCACAGAUAUCCGACGCAUGCGGAAUGUAUAUCUGCAGGUUGUUUGUCCAUACACUGCUGGAUGAGGGUCUCCCCACACCGAGGGUUACACGCUGCGGCAAAAGCCAUUGCUCUGUUGUUGCACCACCUUCAACCCGAACUUACCAUCGUGGUGAAGUAUGGUCAAAUAUUCCCCCACGACCAGCACAGCGUGGGCCUCUCAUCCAGCAGUUGACAAAAUGUGUACAUGUACAUUGAGAGCGGGCAGGAUCAGUUACAAACGAUUUCUGUUCAUCGAUAACCUCUGCUCAGAUUUUAUGUAAGAUGUCAUUGGUUCAUGUUUGAUCGUUGCUGUCCAAUCUUGCUGAAAUUAUCCGAUAAAAUAUUAAAGAAGCAAACAUGCAGUGUAUCGGAACUGUAUCAGAUUAUUGACAAAAACAAUCAUUGCCCGAUCUGCAAUUCUAGCAAGCCUAUACAUUAACAUACAUAGUCAAAAUGUGAUAUUUUAGCCAUGAGAAUUUGUGUUGUUAUCACUGACUAUAAUGGGUUUUGAUUCAACUGCGAAUUCUCAAUGUAAGUACCCGGUUGCAUGAAAUUUCACUAUAAUCCACACGUGACAGAUGCUUGAAAUUAAAACAUUGCAUACACGGGACAUUUAGUUUCUUUAUGAGAGCACAGUAAGUUAGUGUUUCACAAUGUACACGUUACAUUUGUAAUAAUGAUGAAUGUAACUUACGGCUCCAAGUAAAUCCACUGCUGGAUGAAUGUCUGCCCAUGCCUUAUCGGUCGUGGGGGUUGUUUGAUCAUACUUCACCAAACCGUCAGUGCGGGUUGGUGUAGCGGAACGGAAGGGUGGGUGGGGGAUGGUGAGGGGGUGGGUGUCCAGGAUCGAAUCCGAUAUCACUGGUCAGUGAUGUGAGCCACUUGCUGGGAAUCAAACUCAGGGGCUGGGUGAGUAACGCAGUGCGAUACCCACUGAGCCACCGAGACAGAAGGGGCCAUUAGUCACCAACGGGCAAUGACGGACGUGGUGAAGGAGGGCACAACAACAAACCCCGCAACAACCGACAUUUGUGGCGAGGCAUUCAGCAGUGCAUUGACAAAGGGCUGUAUAUUGUUAAUUUGGGGAAUACGUAUUAGAUGGCUGCUUUUGGUGUCAAAUGUGGCAAGCACAUAUAAUGUAGUAACACUCACGAUGAGGGAAGGGCUGAGCUCAAUUAACCCAAUGAACAGAUAGCAAUGAGUGGCCAGUUAAUGAUUAAUUAGCCGGGUCUGAUUCACCUGAACCUGUAUUCUUUACAAUUUGACAAGUGUUUAAUGGAGCCAAUUAAAAUCCAAUCGCUCUGCACGGAGCAAAUGUCUCUCUAUAAA